CCUUUCCUCCCUCCCCGCCCUCUCCCCGCCGUCCCCUCCCCGUCGGCCCGCCUGCCCAGCCUUUAGCCUCCCUCCCGCCGCCUCUGUCUCCCUCUCUCCACAAACUGCCCAGGAGUGAGUAGCUGCUUUCAGUCCGCCGGACAGACCGGACAGAUAGACGCGCGGACGGCCCACCACCCCAGCCCGCCAACUAGCCAGCCUGCGCCUGGCGCCUCCCCUCUCCAGGCCCAUCCGCCAUGUGGCCCCUGUGGCUUCUCGUGUCUCUGCUGGCCCUGAGCCAGGCCCUGCCCUUUGAGCAGAAAGGCUUCUGGGACUUCACCCUGGACGAUGGGCCAUUCAUGAUGAACGAUGAGGAAGCUUCGGGCGCUGACACCUCGGGCGUCCUGGACCCGGACUCUGUCACACCCACCUACAGCGCCAUGUGUCCUUUCGGCUGCCACUGCCACCUGCGGGUGGUUCAGUGCUCCGACCUGGGUCUGAAGUCUGUGCCCAAAGAGAUCUCCCCUGACACCACGCUGCUGGACCUGCAGAACAAUGACAUCUCCGAGCUCCGCAAGGAUGACUUCAAGGGUCUCCAGCACCUCUACGCCCUCGUCCUAGUGAACAACAAGAUCUCCAAGAUCCAUGAGAAGGCCUUCAGCCCACUGCGGAAGCUGCAGAAGCUCUACAUCUCCAAGAACCACCUGGUGGAGAUCCCGCCCAACCUACCCAGCUCCCUGGUGGAGCUCCGCAUCCACGACAACCGCAUCCGCAAGGUGCCCAAGGGCGUGUUCAGUGGGCUCCGGAACAUGAACUGCAUCGAGAUGGGCGGGAACCCACUGGAGAACAGUGGCUUUGAACCUGGAGCCUUUGAUGGCCUGAAGCUCAACUACCUGCGCAUCUCAGAGGCCAAGCUGACUGGCAUCCCCAAAGACCUCCCUGAGACCCUGAACGAACUCCACCUGGACCACAACAAAAUCCAGGCCAUCGAACUGGAGGACCUGCUCCGCUACUCCAAGCUGUACAGGCUGGGCCUAGGCCACAACCAGAUUCGGAUGAUCGAGAACGGGAGCCUGAGCUUCCUGCCCACCCUCCGGGAGCUCCACUUGGACAACAACAAGCUGGCCAGGGUGCCCUCGGGGCUCCCAGACCUCAAGCUCCUCCAGGUGGUCUAUCUGCACUCCAACAACAUCACCAAAGUGGGUGUCAACGACUUCUGUCCCGUGGGCUUCGGGGUGAAGCGGGCCUACUACAACGGCAUCAGCCUCUUCAACAACCCCGUGCCCUACUGGGAGGUGCAGCCGGCCACUUUCCGCUGCGUCACUGACCGCCUGGCCAUCCAGUUUGGCAACUACAAAAAGUAGAGGCAGCUGCAGCCACCGCGGGGCCUCGGUGAGGGUCUCUGGGGAACACAGCCAGACAUCCUGAUGGGGAGGCAGAGCCAGGAAGCUAAGCCAGGGCCCAGCUGCGUCCAGCCCAGCCCCCCACCUCGGGUCCCUGACCCAGCUCGCUGCCCCAUCACGGCCUCUCCCUGGCUCCCAAGGGUGCAGGUGGGCGCAAGGCCCGGCCCCCAUCACAUGUUCCCUCAGCCUCAGAGCUGCCCCUGCUCUCCCACCACAGCCACCCAGAGGCACCCCAUGAAGCUUUUUUCUCAUUCACUCCCAAACCCAAGUGUCCAAGGCUCCAGUCCUAGGAGAACAGUCCCUGGGUCAGCAGCCAGGAGGCGGCCCAUACGAAUGGGGACAGUGGGCUCUGCCAGGGCUGCUGCACCUGUCCAGACACACAUGUUCUGUUCCUCCUCCUCAUGCAUUUCCGGCCUUUCAACCCUCCCCACUCUGCGGCUCCCCUCAGCCCCCUUGCAAGUUCAUGGCCUGUCCCUCCCAGCCCCCUGCUCCACUGGCCCUUCGACCAGUCCUCCCUUCUGUUCUCUCUGUCCCCUUCCUUCCUCUCUCUCUCUCUCUCUCUGUGUGCAUGUCUUGUGCUUCCUCAGAUCUUUCUUGCUUCUGAGCUUGGUGGCCUGUCUCCUCCAUCUCUCCGAACCUGGCUUCGCCUGUCCCUUUCACUCCACACCCUCUGGCCUUCCGCCUUGAGCUGGGUCCGCUUUCUGUCUGUCCGGCCUGCACCCAGCCCCUGCCCACAAAACCCCAGGGACAGCGGUCUCCCCAGCCUGCCCUGCUCAGGCCUUGCCCCCAAACCUGUACAGUCCUGGAGGAGGUUAGGAGGUGGAGGCCCAGCAUCCCGCGCAGAUGACACCAUUAAGGGGGGAGCCCUAGGCCUGUCAGGCCCUGGCCCUUCUGCCCCAAAGAGAGGAGAGGCCCCACAUCCCGCCAGAGUCCCAGACAUCGGUUUUCAUAGAACCCCCUCACCCCCACUGGUGGCUAGGUCUCCCCUUAUCCUUCUGGUCCAGCACAAGGAGGGGCUGCUUCUGAGGUCGGUGGCUGGCUUUCCAUUAAAGAAACACUGUGCAACGUG